CAACUCCACACGCACCCCGCGCCCGCCUCCAGCUGAUCGCGCCGCCGCCGGGCUCCGGGCCGAGCGCGCCGCGCCCAGCGUCGCUGCAGUCUGCGCCCAAUCGCGGCCGCGUGAGCACGGAGCACCACGGUACCCACGGUACGAGCGGGACGCGAACCAGAGCACCGCGUCGCGAGCCUUCCGAGUCGAGCGGCACGGCCGCGCGCGGCUUGGAGUAGCGGGGCGCCAGCCAGCCAGCUGUUGGUCCGGAGCGCUUGCACACGCUUGCACCAGGAUGGGGGAGCCGCGCAGCAGCGUGGCGGCGUUCUACAGCGGCCGCGGCGUCCUGGUGACGGGCGCCACGGGCCUGCUCGGCAAGGUGCUCGUCGAGAAGCUGCUAUGGGCCGUCCCGGACGUGGGCCCCAUCUACAUGCUGAUGCGGUCCAAGCGGGGCAAGACGCCGGCCGAGCGGAUGGCGGCCAUCCAGGACCUACCGGUGUUCGAGCGCGUGCGCAGAGACUGUCCCAAGCAGCUGUCCAAGAUGCGGAUGGUGGCGGGUGACGUAGGCCUCGAGAGCCUGGGCAUCGGGGACGACGACCUGGAGCGGAUCAAGCGCGACGUGUCCGUGGUGUUUCACUGCGCCGCCACCCUCAAGCUGGAGGGCAGCCUCAAGAACGCGCUCCACUUCAACACCCGCGGCACCCAGCGCGCCCUGCAGCUCGCCAGGGAACUACCGCACCUCAAGGUGUUCGUCCACACGUCCACGGCGUUCUGUCACUGCGACGUGGAGAACCUCGAGGAGCGAACGUACCCGCCGCCCAUCACCCCCGAAAACAUGAUCAGCUGCGGGGACAUGGUGGACGAGGAGACGCUCGAGAAGGUGGCGCCCAGCCUGCUGGCGCCGCACCCCAACACCUACACCUACUCCAAGCGGCUGGCCGAGGACCUGGUGGCGAGGAGCUACCCCGACCUCCCGCUGUGCAUCGUCCGCCCAUCCAUCG